GUUCGGCGAGAGACCACAGCAGGCAAGCUUUCUCCAGACACACAUUGUGAGAGCGUCGCCAUGGACGAGCAGCAGUUUGUCCAGCUCCUCGAGGGCCUCAUGGAGCCCAACACGGAGCGGGUCAAGUCGGCUACGUCGACGCUGAACAAGAACUACUACAACUCUCCCGCUUCUCUCAACGCCCUGCUUCAGAUUCUGUGCGGCCACCCCAAGCCUCAGCUGCGCCAAUUGGCCGCCGUCGAGGCGCGGAAGCUCGUGAACAAGCACUGGGCAAAUCUUCCCGCCGACCAAAAGAACCCUCUUCGCAACCAGCUUUUUCAGUUCACGCUGAACGAGGAAGUCACGCUGACGCGCCACUCGGCUGCUCGUGUGAUUGCCGCCAUCGCAGCCCAUGACUUUGAAGAUGGCGAGUGGGCGGACCUGCCCGGCUAUCUGCAGCAGGCUGCCACCGGCUCCAACGUCAGACACCGCGAGGUUGGCACUUACAUCAUCUAUACGACCCUCGAGGCGGUGGGCGAGUCAUUCCCUGGCAAGCCCGCCGAUCUGUACAAGCUGUUCAGCUCCACCAUCCAAGACCCCGAGAGCGUAGAGGUCCGGAUCAACACCAUGCUUGGUCUUAGCCGCAUGGCUAUGCUCUUGGAGCCCGACGAGGACCCCAAGUCGCUAGCCUUGUUCCAACAGUCGAUCCCUGCCAUGGUCAGCGUUCUCAAGGCUACCGUUGACGAAGGCGAUGAAGAUCGCGCCAUGCAGGCCUUUGAAGUCUUCCAGACCCUGCUUGGCUGCGAGUCCGCCCUGCUGGCCAAGCACUUUGGCGACCUCGUUAGAUUCAUGCUCGAGCUUGCUUCCAGCACAAAUGUGGAGGACGACUACCGCGCCCAGGCUCUUGCAUUCCUCAUGCAAUGCGUGCGCUACAGGAGGCUCAAGAUUCAAGGUCUGAGGAUCGGAGAAGAGCUGACGCUCAAGGCGCUGCACAUUGUCACCGAGUUGGGUGACAUGUCAAGCGAGGACGAAGACGUCACCCCUGCUCGCUCGGCUCUUGGUCUCCUCGAUAUUCUCGCCUCCAGCCUGCCUCCGAGCCAAGUCGUCAUCCCUCUUCUCAAGAACCUUGGCGAAUACUUCCAUGCCCAGAAUGCCGACUACCGUCAAGCCGGUAUUCUGGCUUUGGGUAUGUGUGUUGAGGGCGCGCCCGACUUCAUUGCCACCCAGCUCCACGAGAUCUUGCCUAUGGUUCUGCACCUGCUCGAGGACCCUGAGCUCAAGGUCCGAGCUGCUGCUCUGAACGGUGUUGCGCGUCUGGCUGAUGACCUUGCCGAGGAUGUUGGCAAGGAACAUGCCCGUCUGAUUCCUGCCAUGAUCAAGAACUUCGACCUUGCUGCCAGCAACCUGCAGGGUGCGGAUGAUGAGCGCAGCCUCUCGAUUGUUCGCGGCAGCUGUCACGCCAUCGACUCUCUGAUCGAGGGCUUGGAGCCCGAGGAUGCCGGCAAAUAUGUUCCUGAGCUCGUACCCCGCUUCAGCAAGCUUUUCCACCACGAGGACCUCAAGGUCAAGAGUGCCGCCAUCGGCGCUGUUGGCUCCAUUGCCUCUGCUGCCGAGAAGGCCUUCCUUCCUUUCUUCGAACAGACCAUGAGCGACUUGUCGCGAUACGUACGAAUCAAGAACAGCCAAGACGAGCUUGACCUCCGCGGUGUCACUUGCGACUCAAUGGGCAAGAUGGCUCCUGCCGUUGGCCCCGGGCCAUUCGAGCCUUACGUCCUUCCUCUCAUGGAGGCCUCGGAAGAAGCACUGCAUCUCGACCACCCCCGCCUCAGGGAGACCAGCUACAUCCUCUGGAGUACCAUGGCCAAGGUUUACGAGGAGCAGUUCGCCAAAUACCUCCCCGGUGCAGUCAAGGGACUGCAGGAUUGUCUGGAGCAAGAAGAGACUGGCCUUGAUGUUGAGCUGGGUGAGGAGGCCGCCGACCUGGCCGGAUCUGAAGUUAUCAUUCAGGGCCGCAAGAUCAAGGUUGCAGGACCUAAUGACGACGCUGAUGACGGCAGCGACCUCAAUGAAGCCGCAAUGGACUAUGAUGAGGAUGAGGACGAUUGGGACGACCUUGAGGGUGUCAGCGCCAUAGCCAUGGAAAAGGAGAUUGCCGCCGAAGUUUACGGCGACAUCAUCACACACACUCGCCGCGAAUACAUUCCCUACAUGGAGGCGACCGUCACCAAGCUGCUCGAGCUUGUAGACCACUCCUACGAGGGCAUCCGUAAGGCUGCUCUCGGUACUCUAUGGCGUACCUACGCCUGCUUGUUUGGCAUGGCAGAGGGCGAUGGCAUGGCAAAGUGGAAGCCUGGUCUUCCUCUUGCAGUCGAGACUCCGGAUGAGCUUAAGAAGCUCGCCAAUCUCGUCAUGACCGCCACCACAACCAUCUGGCAAGAUGAAAUGGAUCGGGGCACUGUCACGGACAUCAACCGUGAUGUCGCCGCGACCCUCAAGCUAUGCGGGCCUGCUGUUUUGUUGACAGAGAACGGUACAGUGGUACCUGACCUGUGCCAAAACCUCCUGGCCAUCAUCACCAAGCGUCACCCUUGCCAGCAAGAUCUCGGCGACGAGGCUGAAGAUGAAAUCUUUGACGAGUCUUCAGAAUACGACUGGCUGGUCAUCGAGACCGCGCUGGAGACUCUCACAUGUCUGUCGGUUGCGCUGGGCCCGCAAUUUGGUGAGCUCUGGAAGAUGUUUGAGAAGCCCAUUGUCAAGUACGCUAGCAGCCAGGAUGCCACUGAGCGUAGUGCCGCUGUUGGAACCAUUGCUGAGUGCGUUGGCAACAUGGGUGCGGGCUGCACACCUUACACCAGUGGUCUGCUCAAGCUGCUGCUCCACCGCCUGUCGGAUGAGGACCCAGAGACCAAGUCGAAUGCCGUGUACGGUAUGGGCUUGCUGUGCCAGAUGACAACCAACGACGACGAGAUUCUCAAGUCGUUGUCGAGCAUCUUCUCCAAGCUGGAGCCUCUGCUCGGAGCACAGGACCAGGCCCGCCUGCUCGACAACACGGCCGGCUGUGUGAGCCGCUUUAUCAGCAAGCACCCCGGCAAGCUUCCGAUCGCAGAGGUUCUGCCUCGCCUGAUCCAGCUCCUCCCUCUGCGCGAGGACUACGAGGAAAACAAGCCAGUGUUCGGCAUGAUUGUCAAGCUGUACCAGCAGAAUGAGCCCACGGUCCAGCAGCUCACGGGGGAGCUGAUGCCCAUCUUCGAGAAGGUGCUCAGCCCGCCUGAGGACCAGUUGGAGGAUGAGACUCGCGCGCAGCUUGUCGAGCUUGUGCAGUACCUGCGCAAGUAAAAGAUUUCGGUUUUGCAAAGGGGGGAAAGGAUACCCGUCGAAAGACACAAGUGAUGGAGUUGGGCACGUACACACGGUACUAUGGGAUGUGACGACGACGGACUACGAUACCAAUGUAGCAUGAAUAAAAAGUCAGUAGAUUGCAGCAAG